AUGCGAACGGAACCAUUUGAGGAUGGUUAUACCACUGAAGAUGGUGUUAGCCCAACCGAAGAUCAGUUAUCAAGCCAGGUGGUGGACACGAGCGGCGUAGUGAAGUUUGGUUGGAUUACAGGAGUGCUGGUGCGAUGUUUGCUCAAUAUAUGGGGUGUCAUGCUUUUUAUGCGUCUGUCAUGGAUUGUUGGCCAAGCUGGCAUAGGUCUCACGAUAAUAAUUAUCUUAAUCGCAACUGUCGUCACUUUCAUCACGGGGCUUUCUACUUCUGCCAUAGCUACAAACGGAUUUGUACGUGGAGGUGGUGCAUAUUACUUAAUUUCAAGAAGUCUUGGCCCAGAGUUUGGUGGAUCGAUCGGUCUCAUAUUUGCGUUUGCCAAUGCAGUUGCUGCGGCCAUGUAUGUGGUGGGCUUUGCAGAAACCGUCAGUGACCUUAUGGCAGAACAUGGAGUUGUCAUGGUGGACAGGAUAAAUGAUAUUCGUAUCAUAGGAACUAUCACAGUUGUAAUUCUCCUGGGAAUUUCUCUUGCUGGAAUGGAGUGGGAAGCAAAGGCACAGCUUGUGCUUCUGGGUAUUCUUCUCAUCGCUGUUGGGAAUUUCUUUGUCGGGAGUUUUAUUCCUUCCAGUGAAGAGCACAAAUCCAAAGGUUUCUUUAAUUACAGAGGUGAGGUCUUUACAGAAAACUUUUUUCCAGAUUUCCGAGAUGGAGAAAACUUUUUUUCUGUGUUUUCAAUCUUCUUCCCUGCUGCAACUGGAAUUCUUGCUGGAGCCAACAUUUCCGGUGAUCUACAAGACCCUCAAGUUGCAAUUCCAAAAGGUACACUGCUAGCGAUUAUAAUUUCAACACUUACGUAUCUCGGAGUAGCUGUGGCUGUAGCUUCUUGCACUGUACGAGAUGCCACAGGAAACGUGACAGAUGCUGCAUUACCAGAUACCCUAGAGUGCCACAAAUCAGCCUGUUUCCUAGGAUAUAACUUUUCAAGUUGUGAAGAAAGGCCAUGUGACUAUGGCCUAAUAAAUAACUUUCAGGUGAUGACCAUGGUGUCUGCCUUUGGCCCUCUCAUCACGGCAGGCAUAUUUUCAGCCACUUUGUCAUCCGCCUUAGCUUCAUUGGUCAGUGCACCAAAGGUGUUUCAGGCUCUUUGUAAGGACAACAUUUAUUCUGGAAUGCAGCUCUUUGCUUUUGGAUAUGGGAAGAACAAUGAACCACUACGGGCAUAUAUACUUGCAUUUUUUAUUGCACUGGGAUUCAUUCUAAUUGCUGAGCUGAACACUAUCGCUCCCAUCAUUUCCAAUUUCUUCCUGGCAUCCUACGCCCUCAUUAACUUCUCUUGCUUUCAUGCUUCACUGGCCAAGUCUCCAGGAUGGAGACCUGCAUUCAAGUAUUAUAACCUGUGGGUGUCCCUGUUUGGAGCAGCUCUGUGCUGUGGUGUUAUGUUCCUUAUCAACUGGCAAGCAGCACUUCUUACCUGUGUCAUAGUCCUAAGUCUGUACAUAUAUGUCACGUACAAGAAGCCAAAUGUGAACUGGGGCUCAUCAACCCAGGCUCUAACAUACCUGAAUGCCCUGCAACAUGCAAUGCACCUGUAUGGGGUUGAGGACCAUGUGAAAAAUUUCAGACCACAGUGCCUUGUCUUAACUGGAGCUCCUGUGUCUCGUCCUGCCUUAGUUGAUUUGGUAAAUUCUUUCACCAAAAAUGUUGGCCUUAUGGUGUGUGGUCAUGUCCACAUAGGCUCUCGAAGACAAAUUUUAAAAGAAAUGUCAGUAAAUCAGGUCAAAUAUCAAAAGUGGCUUAUACAGCAUAAGAAGAAAGCGUUCUACUCUGCUGUUUGCGCUGAAGAUUUUCGACAGGGUGUGCAUUAUUUAAUCCAGGCUUCGGGCCUUGGGAGGAUGAAGCCAAACACACUUGUGCUGGGCUUUAAAACUGACUGGAUGAGUUGUAACAGCAAAGAUUUGGAGAACUAUGUGAACAUUAUACAUGAUGCCUUUGAUUUCCAAUAUGGCAUUGUGAUUGUGAGACUGAGAGAGGGACUCGAUAAUAUGUAUCAUCAAACACAACGUGAUAAGAAUUUUCAGUGCAACAAAUCCUUAACAACAGUGCUCAAUGGGAAACUACCAGAGUCUAACUCAAAAUUUCAUAAGAAACAGGGUAAAGGUACUGUUGAUGUCUGGUGGCUGUUUGAUGAUGGAGGAUUAACGCUUCUAAUCCCUUAUCUACUAACUACAAAAAAGCAGUGGAAGGGUUGCAAGAUUAGAGUUUUUACAGGUGGAAAAGUGAAUGCAAUUGAUGACGACAAGCGCACGAUGGCAACUCUACUAAGCAACUUCCGAAUUGAUUUUUCUGACAUCACAAUCAUUGAAGACAUUAACACAAAGCCCAGUAAACAGAGUUUACAGAGCUUCUAUGAUUUAAUUGAACCGUACCGCCUUCGUGAGGAAGACUUUGAUGCAGAAACAGCUGAGAAAAUGAAAACUGGUGAAUCCUGGAAAAUUACAGAUGAUGAACUAAAAAUAUUCAGAGAAAAGACCCAGAGACAGAUCCGCUUGAAUGAGUUACUCCAGCAGUACUCCAGGUCGGCAAAUAUGAUAGUCAUGUCUAUGCCAGUUGCUCGUAAAGGUGCUGUUUCCACCGCUUUGUACAUGGCAUGGUUAGAGACUCUGUCCAAAGAUUUGCCACCUGUCUUACUAAUUCGAGGGAAUCAUCAAAGUGUGCUCACAUUUUAUUCAUAAAAGACCCUCCAGGACAGUCCUGUUUCUAUUUGAGUCUAGUGUUGUAUAUUAGACAUACUUAGCGGGUAUAGCACAAUGUGCUGUUUUCUCAGUAAACUUACAAGGAUGUUCUUACGGGAGUACAAGCACCAUAUAAAUCCUACAGUUCACCUCUUUAUUCUGACAAAAUGAUUUGUUGUGAAGCCUGGCUGCUGAUGAAUAGAGUCUGGAAUCUCAGCGUAGUGUUUAUACUGUGAUUGACUGAAAACAGAGCUGCGGAAAUAUGCAACUUCUGAUUUCUCUGGUACCCUUGCCUUGCCGAAAUUUGACAUAAUUGUCCAGUAUCGUUUACUGAAAAUAAACAAAUAGGCUUGGAUGGACAGUUUUAUUCUGUCUAGCAGGUUUGAAAUGCUGAUUGCAACACAUCAGAUAUGUUGAUUUGUGGUAACCCAGAAUGCCAAAGAAUGCAAAAUAAGUGAAACAACAGGACUAGUUCAUUACCAUCACAGAUAUUUUGGUUAUUCCAGAACACAGUGACAACCUUAGGACAUGCUACUUGGUCUUGUAAUGGUAAUAUUGACAAUCACACCAAAGCUGCUCAUUAGAGUGAGGUAAAAAACACUUUCAGACCAUGCUAUUUCCCUAUUAUUUUCAAAGAUUUCAUGACUUAAGAUAAUGGGAACCUGAAAUAUCAUAGUUUAUUUUACACUUUUCAAAGAAACUAUUAAUUUUUUGCGUGUUUGCAUUAAUUCAUUCAUUGUCCGUUACACUUUAUCGUACUCAGAGUUGUAGGGCUGGAGUGAUAGAUCCUGUCCUGGUAAGGGAUGGGUGUAAAGCAGAUAAGCAGUCCUGAGUAGAGCACCAGUGCGUCAUGGGGUCAUAAAGUUAUAGUAUCACAUAAUACAUUAUAUUCUACUACGUGGCACAUACAUACAUUUUAAUACCGUGAAUGGUCCUUACUUCAAAACUAAAUUGUAAAUUAGAUGUAAAACUAAGAACUCAGCCUGCAGGAUGUUCCAUGAGCAACUUGCAGUUUUAAUAACACUCACUACAGCAUGCCAUAAUAUCCAAUAAAAAACAAACUUAGGCAAAAUGCAGAACUCUAAUCUACAUUUGAAAAUAAAAACGAGCAGAGAAGUCAUCUACUUUCUGAGUACACAUAAAUUAUCAUUAACAGCGUGCUCAGUAAAUUUGUUGAUGAAUUAUUCUGUCAGUUACAUCACUUUCAACAAUAUUUCACAAGUCUCCAAACUACUAGUAACUGUGAACCAUUGCAGCUCAUGUGUAGUGCAGGUCAUUACUAUGUCCUUUGAACCACUACGUAUGUCACUUACUAUCACGCUGAAUUCAUACAGAGCCUGUGUUUUCAGAACAAGGGGAGACUACUGUUGUGUGGUGUGGUAACGCAUCCCAUAUUCCAUUUGUUACAAAGAGCAAUAAAUGCUUUAUUCCCACUGCAAUUAUCUAGAAUUAUCUAGAACAUAAUAUGUAUAAAUGUCCAAAGAGGCAUUCCCUUAUAAUAGUACUUGAAUAUUUCCAACAUGUCUCAUUACAAGUACUUCUUUCUUCAGUGACAGCCUUUGUUA